UGAAAUGUUAGCCUCUUUUCCUAGCCUGACUUUCAUGUAGAUACUCGGCUCUUUUAGCAGUUCGUAACAGCCUGGGUUAUUUCUUAAUAUGCUCAACUUUCCUCUCGAAGACAGCUAAGAAGAAAAUAUCUGAUUGCAGGUUUUAGGUGUGUUUUCAGACCAAAUGAAAGUACAUCAAUGAGGUACAGAGGGAGCUGCAUACUACCAAGGAGCUAUGGCACCUGCUUCUAUCUUCUCCAAGUCCCUGUCAGGGCUGGCAGAGUCCGGUAUAAUGUCUCCAUCAACAGAACCUACUGUUCCUCAAAGGAAAGUCCCCAAAAUAAUGUUGUGUCCACUCAGGAGAAGUCUUUGGCAACCUUGAAGAACGUGGCAGAGCUUGGGAAACAGUGGGGCCGGAAUUCUGUGAGAACCAUGACCACCACUGUCAAUUAUUGGUGGGAAAGGUAUGAGGAAUUUGUGGGCCUCAAUGAAGUUAGAGAGGCUCAGAGCAAAGUUACAGAGGCAGAGAAGGCGUUCAUGAUAGCCAGGGGAAUGGUCCGUGAGGCCCAUUCCAGUUUGGAGGCUCUUCAAAUAAGACUGAAGGAAGUUAGAGAUCGCCUGGACCGGGUAUCACGAGAGGAGGCACAUUAUCUAGAGUUAGCUACGCUGGAACACAAGUUACUGCAGGAGGAAAGGCGUCUCAAAACAGCCUAUGAAAAUGCAGAGGAUGGAGAGCGGGAGAAAUUCGCCCUCUUCUCCGCCGGUGUGCGCGAGAGCCAUGAGAAGGAGAGGUCUCGUGCUGAACGUACCAAGAACUGGUCCAUCAUUGGUUCUGUGCUAGGAGCCAUCAUUGGGGUAAUGGGGUCCACUUAUUUAAACAGAGUACGCCUUCAAGAACUGAAAGGCCUGCUCCUCGAGGCUCAGAAGGGACCUGCAAGCCUACAAGAAGCUAUCAAAAUUCAGGCCAGUUUGCACAAGAACCAGCAAGAAGAACUCCGGGGGCUCAUAGAUACACUCAGAGCAGCUGUAAAAAAUGGACCUGAUGAACUGCAAACUGUCAAGAGAGUGUCUGUCCCAGUGCCACUGCCAGUACCUACUGCUGUCCCACCGUCCACGCCCAGUGCCUCAGAAGAAGCUGUCAAAGAGAUCCUGCUCCGCAGCGAGAAAGCUCAGGCUCUCAUGGAAGACCUCCGUCCACAGCUGGAGCAGCUGGAGCGGAGCAUGGGGAAGGUGGCGACGGAGAUUCAGGCUGUGAAGAAAUCUGUCCUGACUCGGCCCGCGGAGAAGCCGGUCAUUCAGACAAAGGAUACUCAGCUCUUAGUAUGUGACACAGAGAGUAUCAUCCAAGGUCUGGAUCAGACAGAGAAAAGACUUGAGGAACAGAUUAAUAAGACGACUCUCUACAGUACAGUUCUGACUUACACUGCAUUUGCUUUAACUAUGCCAGUGCUGUAUAUCAUCUUUAAAGGUACAUAAUGACAUAGUAUAGGCAAGUAAUGUGCACUUAAGGGGCCAUCUUUUCAACAGAAACAACCUCAGAUUUUAUUAUGGAUACCACAAUGGUAUGUGGAUGGUAUCAUGCACUGAUAGAUAAAUGUAAACUGAUUAAAAUAUUCAACAUGA